AUGAGCCACGGCGUGGCGGCGAGGAAGCGCUUCGGCGGCGUCGGCUUCGCGCUCGGCUGCGGCUGCAAGGACCCCAAGGCCGUCGCAGUGGCGGUGGCGGUGGCCGCCUCCUCGCCGCGGUCCGGCACGGAGGCGUCCACGGCGACCACGGCCACGUCGCGCAGGGCCAGGACGCACCCGUCGGGGUCGGGGUCCACCGGCACGCUCACCGUGCCCUCCGCCUCCUCCUCCUCCUUCCUCUGGGAGGACGCCGAGGCCGAGGGCGACGGCGACGAGGUCGAGUUCAAGCGGCCCAGCUCCGCCACCACGCCCAGCUUCUCUGGUCUGCUGCGGGAGCUCCGGGAGCUCGAGCAGAGCGUCAAAUCGUCCUGCGCGCGCAAGAGCCCCGAGAGGAAUCACUUCGCCCCACCCCCUCCUCCUCCUCCACCGCCGCCCCCGCCUCUCCGGCCACCACAGCGCCGAGUCGUGCGCGGCGACGACAAGCCCAGCAUCAAAGAAGAAGGCCACGGAGACUUCUCGCCGCCGCGGCCGCAGCCGCCAUCUCUGACCCAGCAGCAUCGGAGGGCGAGGAGCGUCGACAAAGUCAACGGACAGGAAGGAGACCCGCGAUUCACGCCGCUGCCACCUCGCCCGCUGCCUCCUCCGCCGCCGCUGGAGCCGCUCCCGCGCGCGAAGACCGAGGAGGAUGAUGCGGGCGCCAAGAAGAAGAUAGAAGACUCGACGAAGCGCGCGUCGACGCCGCCGAAGCACCGGAAAGCGAGGAGCUGCGACGGCACCGGCAACACCAACAACUACAGGCUGGACGGGAGCGUGGCGGUGGUUAAGCAGUCGGAGGACCCGCUGGGCGACUUCCGGCGGUCGAUGCUCAACAUGAUCGUGGAGAACGGGAUCGUGGCGGGGGACGAGCUCCGCGAGCUGCUGCGACGAUUCCUGGCGCUCAACGCGCCCCGACACCACGACGCCAUCCUCAGGGCCUUCGCCGAGAUCUGGGACGAGGUGUUCGCCGCGGCCGACCCGCAGCCACGGGAGCAGCACGCCUGCAGACAGACGGCGGCGGCUCCAAGGCAGAGGACGCCGCCUCGCCGCCGCCCGCAGCCUCCGCCGGCGUGGCGCGUGUAG